UUUCUUGUUUGUUGGUUUCUUCUUUCCUUGUCUCAUUCCAUCACACAAUCCGUCUUUCAUUUUUCAAGGUUUCGUCAUGCCACCCAAGAAUAGCGACAACGACGACACUAACAUUCGUAAUCCCAAGCUUAUCCUACGAACAUACCAGCCCGGCGAUCGAGAAGCCGUGAAUGCCGUGUUUACCAGCACGUCCUAUGCACUUGUCCUCGAAGGCAUACGAGCAAAGCUAUGGGCACCCAUGACGUGGAUAUUAUGGCUAUUUGGCUACACCGGCUUGAUGACUGUUGUACCAAGUACACUCCUUGGACCGGGGCCACGUCCAGAAUCAUGGACCGAAUACUUUUUAAAGCUGUUCAUUUCAGCAGCGUGGGCGGCCAUUGGUUUCGCCAUUCUUUUCCUAAAGACAGAGCGCUACGACCUGCGAGACAUGGUAGAGGAGGGCCGGGAGAACGAUUUGAGCGACCCUGAGGUCUAUUACUUGAACUACGAGAUUAACGAAGAAGGCGAACGGGUCCGCAAGCCCGCAUCGGAGCAACUGCCGUCGCAUUUCUGGGUCCUUUCGGUGGAUGGUCAAGUUAUUGGUAUGGCUGGUCUGGCCAUGUAUGAAGAACGCGUCUUGAGCAAACGGAAACCGCUGGGUACUCCAAUGCAAGAGCUUUGCGCCUCCAUCUAUCGCAAGUAUGGUCUGUCCGUGCCGCGCUUUUGCCAGCCGAAAAUGUCGUAUCGAGUAUUUGCGGAGGCGACGGGGAACAAACUGGCGGUGUUGCAGCGAUUGGCUAUCGAAAAUGAUUAUCAGAGCUGUGGUCUGUCCACCUUGUUGAUCAACCGCGUCAUGACGUUCGCCAACGAGAACGGCAUCGAAGAAGUACUGGCAACGACAAAUGAAAUGACGAUGGCAGCAGAGCAGGUUUUGAUCAAGCGACAUGGUUUCAAGCAGGUGGAGAAGGAAAAGACGCUGAUGGGCAACUAUCAAGCGCUCUUGACGUGCAACGUGAAGAAGUGGAUGGAAGAGCACGGGGAGCAGACUAAAAGUUACAUUAAAAAGGUUUAAUCUGUUGGUUUCCUAUAAUUAUUAUUCGAACAAUGUUAAUAGCUUAUAUAUCAGUUUGUGUAGAUGGUUUUUGAAGAGAGGAUGGCAUGGUGCUGCGUGUAUGCACCAUCGGUGCGUGUAAUGGACGAGGCAAUUAAGUCUGUGGCCAUAUCAACAAAGAGCUGCUGUCAGCGAUGCCAUGUUUCGAGCGUUAUGAGCGUAUCAAUUGAGAGGUGGCAGUAAAUGGAUCAUCUGUAGCUGUCGUCAGCAGCGGUAGCCAGGGGUCUUGGUAUGCCUGUUGAGAAGUUUAAUUUGUUUGAGAUCCAUGCGCACAAGGGGGGCUGCUUGUAAUGAAGCACUGUCAUGCCACAUGUGUCCUUCCAAGAUUUACGGAUUUGCAUACUUUGUACCACCAUGACACAGCACUAUCAGAAAACAAUAGCCAUACAAUUAGGUAUACAGCAGC